CUAAGCAUUUGCACAUGGCGACCAACGCUCGGUGUGCAACCAGUUUUUGGUGCGAGUCGAACUUUGGUGUGCAGGGUGCGAUGCAACCAUUCCCCCUCGUUCAACGUCACUCCGUGUCUUGAGGCCGCCAAUGAAUCACACAAUCGUUUUAUUUGACGUGCAGCCCAGGGGCCUCCUCCGGUGCCGGGUGACCUCGCGAACAGCCGAUCUGGGAGCCGGUCAGAUCGAUGGAGGCGGAUCAACUGGCAUUGACGGCCUACUUUAUGUGUCGCGCUAACCUUGCAGAUUGAAACUGCCCACAACGCUUCUCGGCAGCCGAUGGUGUGCAUUGACGGCGUUGUGCCACUAUGAUCGACGCCAAGCCAAAUGGAAUGAGACGGUUUACCCUCGUCGAGCCCCCGCCUGUUAAUGAAAGGCAAUCGGUGUCUCACCUCUGUGAUGCCAGGCCUUAAUUUCUCAUCAAAUAUUUUUUACGGGUCACGUAGUCUGGAGGAGCUACCGCCAUAGCAAGAGAUUCUGGAAGUGGUGCGCCUGGUGGGGAAAUAUUUGCCAAUGUUACCGACCCUGGGCAAAAGCGGCUGAAAUGAAUGACACUGCGCGGUGCUGAGGCAGCUGUCCCCUCAGCCACUUGGUAACAGCCACGGAGACCGCCGUCCAGGAAAUCAGGCAGUACCUCUGAAGGAAAGCGUAGCGCUCCGUUUGUUUCCUAUCUGCGGACAGAAAGUUUAUGGCUAGUUUAGGGUUAUGGUCAAGGUUACGGACUGGUGUAUUUUGUGUUUGUGGAUCGCGUGAAGCACGUCCACACUGGGAGAUCGUGGUUUGAAAUGGGUUUGCGUGCAGUUUACUAAGUUAAUUUAUUAGUUGCUGAAAACCAUAGAUCGUGAUGGUCCAUGGAGGCCACUUUUCAGCAGUGGAUUCAUCAUAGUUGAUGAUACAAAUGUUAAGCUGAUUUUUGGUGUUUCGUCUCUCUCGCGGGUAAUUAAGUCGCUGUCUUCAAAUGCUACGCAGCAUGCUUUGUUGAGUCCUGGAAUUUAACUUCUAUUGUUUUGCAACACAAUUGCAUACUGCCGAGCCAUUAAACUCAAUCGCGGCCCGUGGCUCUGUGAUAAAGUGGGGGCCCUGGCCCCGACCCUUUCCUUUCGCCUAGAAGCAUAUCCUAGGGAACCCGGCAGGGAAUCUAGGCAAGGAAAGGUGCUUGCUUGGCCUAUGAUUAAAAACGUUGAGAAAAUUUGACAGAAGGUAAUGAGAUGGAGAUAAGAACAUGUGAGACAAUAAUGAAUGCAAGUGUGUUAUUUACAUUAAUAAAUACAGAUGUAUUCAGUUUUCUUAUACAAAUUGUCCAAGCCAUCACUUAAAUACAAAAUUCAUCCAGGUUACGACGAUGACUAUAUGACUCCAUCCAGCCAAACAAUACUUUCUGUUUGUGCAACUAUAAUGUAGAUAAAUUACACCAUUUAGUUUGAGCUCCACAUUUAUGUUUAACUCAUGUUGAGUUUGUGUUCAUGUCUUGUGUGGAAAGGUAAGAGUGUGUGCUUGGUUAUGGUAAUUAUGUGUAGAAUUAGGGUCGGUGAUUGUGCAUGGUUAUGGUCAGUAUGAGUAAGGUUAGUGAGUGCUUGGUUAGAGUCUGUGAGUGUCAGGUAUAGAUAUGCAGGGUUCGGGUCAGAGAGUGUAGGUUCAGGGUCACUGUGUAGGGUUAUUGUGUGUAGGGUUUGGGUCAGUGGGUGUAGGGUUCGGGUUAGUGUGUGUAUGAUUUUCUGUGCAGAGUUGGGGACUGCGUGUGUCGUGUUUUUGUUUGCAGGGUCGGGGUUAGUGUGUGUACCAUUAGGGUCAGUAUAAAGGGGGUUGGUGUGUGAAGAGUUCGGGUCAGCCUGUAGGGUUUUUGUGUGCAGGGUUAGUCUGUGUAGGGUUAGGGUCAUCGGAUGUAUGAUUUUCUGUGCAGGGUUAUGGUCGGUGUAUUGAGGAUUAGGGUCCGUGUGUGAAGGGUUAGGUUCAGUGUGUGUAGGGUUAGGUGUUAAUGCAUGUUGAUUUGGACUCGUGGCUCGCGAAGAAGGCAUGUCACACAUUUUGCACAGAUGCCCCUUCGAUUUUUGCCAUGAACCCUAUUGACAUGGCACACACACGAUGUUAAUUAGACUGGCGGAGGGUUCUACAUUUAAUUCAUUAGUGUAAUUUUCAUUCAUUCCAAUGUAUUUAAAUUCUUAGCUUCUGGAGACUAGUAUCUUAUAUCUUAUUUUGUGCCUGUUUUCAAAUGCUUUACAGUCAACCUGCAGGGCCAUGUGUAUGUGAUUGGAAAGAACAUGGUCUUAAUGAAGAGCUCAAAUAUGAUUAGCGCUGUGAAGUCAUUUAUACAGAUUACUGUUGUUUGUCGGCCCAACAUUUUUGCGAGCAUUCAAAAUUAGCACCAUAAAGGCUUUACUAAUAUCAUGCAUAUAUUUAUGUAGCCAUGCAAACCUAGCUAAUGUGACGCAUUGAAGAUAGACACAACAAUUGAACAUGCAAAUUACCUCCAACACAGACUCUGGCAUUUAGUGGGGCAUGAGCAGAGAAGAUAGAGUUCCCAGAGGCACCAUGUGUUUUCACUUUAUGGGGUUUAAAAAUAUAUCGACCAUUAUGUGCCAUCGACGUGCGCCGCACUGUACGCAGACGUGACAUGCUGCUUUGCUGGCCUGUUUCCCUCUUCGCCUGUCCCCUACCCCCUCCUUCUCCCUCCACACCAUCCCGCACCACUAACCUAUAUUUAUCUUUUUAUUCAUUGACAUGUUUUUUUUAAUUCGGGAAUUAAGUGAUUUGCCAAAGGCAGAUGCUACACCCCGAGCUAUUUGCAUCGCCAAGUUUGUCUCGAAAUAUAAACAUGUUUUCCCACGUUGGGAAGGUAUUGUGUGCAGCGAAGUCCACGUGCAAUUGUUGAGUUUGCCGAGACUGCUGGGCCCCCAAUUGCUUUGUCUCAGGCUAUGGCCCAGUUCAGUCUGUUCUCUUAUAACUGGUAUUUUCAUUACGCAAAUUGGUUAUAACGCGAAUCAUGUAUUGCGGAACACAUUUUUAUAACGCGAAUGUGAAUUUGAUAUAACGCAAUCAAGUUAAUGGAACUAAGUUGCACGAGUAGGAAUAAGAGGUUGUACGGCUGCCUCGGUGUAGCAUCACACAAGGUGGGAUGCUGCUGGAUGCUUCUAGAUGCUACCCACGCGCCUCAGUCUUUGUUCGGCCUGCGUACGCAUCCAACAUGUUAUCGCAGACAGUGCUUUACCCUACAUUAUUUAUUACAACGCAUGAUUCCCAGCCUUGACCGCCACCCCACAUCUCCCUUUUUUUAAUCCAAACGUACAUUUCCAUUUUUGUAAUGCAUCUUGAAGACGCGAUUGCGUUUAGAUGCCACGAUUACUGUUAACGUGAAAUUUACUCAGAUUCCUCCACCCAUGUCGGAGACUCCAACCAGGCUGACUUUCGUCUCAUCCACACUGCUCAUCCACCACACUGAAGGUCACAACACUGCUCAUCCACCACACUGCAGGUUACAGCACUUGUCUCUAAGCUUCUUCACUUGCAUUGCUCCGCUUAGAAUUUCCUCCCCAUCGUCUCUUUUUCCCAAAGCCCUUAUUAUAACUUUGCUCAUAUUCAAAGAAACGUGUCAACUCUCACCUAGCUGAGCUUUUUUAGUGCUAUUAGUUGCUGGCCGCUUGACGUUUUGAGCCUUUGGGCUUGUGCUCAGUAACCGUGAAAGAAAUAUAAACGUAUCAAAACUUGAAAUGGUUGUUGUUGGUGGUGCGUGUAAAGGCUGAAAACACUGUCUUAGUUGUGCCGGAGUACCACUAAUGGCCACUGGCUUCUCUUCCCCGAGUCUUUCCUGUAUUUGUCGAUGGCGUGCACUCCCGGGUCAACAGCGGAUCUUUAAUUGGUCCAUUGUGGCUCACGAGAAUCCUAUUUUUUACGCAUUUCAAUUUCAAUUUUUUGUAUUAAUAUUUUGCCACUCCGUCUCUCAACUCAAACAGUGAUGCAAGUAGAAAUAACACCACACAAUGGUGGUAGUGCUCGCAAAUAGCAGGAAGGUUUAACUGCCAUAUAUGUGCCUUGCGUGCAUGGGCACGUGACCACGACAUCGCAUGUACAAUGCUCUCAGCCUUGGCUAGACCACCAACUCGCCAGAGCUGAAUGUGUGGCCGUGGUAUUGUUGUAGGCGACCAACUUAGAAAGGGUUGAAAACGUCGCCAUACCAUCAGGCAGUGGUGAACCAAAGGACCGCUUUAGACCGUUUUUUAUUUACAAAAAAGAAAACUGUUCACUGCUUCUUUGUGCCACCCUGAGUCCACAUAUGGAAGGGACUUGUACCUUUACACUAUGAGGACCCCCAUUAUUAGCACUUGCUGAGGGGCAACGGUCAUUCAAUGCUAGCGCUCUGUGAAUGAUCAGAAAAUGCAUUGCGGGCUGUUGUGAUGGGGUGCCUCGUAAUUUUUACAGACAGUGUUGGAUUUGAUUCAUAAUUCAUAAUCGUUUUUUUAGUUAGAUCAUGUAGGUAAAUGUACUUUCUUUAUAUAACCAUCUAGCAGGCAACAGCCAAUCAAAUCAAGUUUGUCACGCGGAAAAAUAUGCCAAUUAAUUUAGUUUUUCAGCAAACCGGAAUGUUGAAAAUCAAGCUAAACUUUGCCAAUUGUGUGAAACGUUUCGCUGGAGAUGACAACUAACAUACUCAGGUGUUAACAAGCUCAGCUCUCGCAUGAUUUGAUUUGGUUGCGUGAGCUUGGCGCGGCAGGUGCAGUAUGUGCGUCUCCCCUUGCUAAAUUCGUUAUCGGUGUCUUCUCGUGGCUCACUGGAGCAGCAUGGUACUGAAGGCAUCUUGCAGUGAAUGCGUGGGGCUAUUUGGUUGGGGUAGCACGGUUCAGCCCCUCCCCCCAUCUGUUGGUUUGAUAAAUCGUUUCUAUCCAAAGUCACAGUUUGAUUGAAGAGUCCUGUGUUUUACUAAACAUUGUGAUGUUGUACCACAUUACAACAUAUAGCAUUCACAAUGUACAGCCCUUUGUCAAACCAUCGAUGGAUGAAGACCCCUCCGUGGCCAUGUCACUCAUGGGUGAUUGUUUGACCAUACUUCACCAUGCUGGUCAGAGUGUGAGUUUGGGCGAGGCUGGGACCAGUUAAGUUAUCUGUCGCUCCUUAUGUAAAGCUAUGGCUGGGAAUGGAACUCCGGUUAAACAGAUUGAAGGUGUGAUGCAUUAACAACUGCAUCCACUCUCUACCACUCUAUACAUAUGCGAGUGGAAAAGCAUUGAUUCUUACAUGCGUGAUUUGACGCAUAUAUCGUGAGCGGUAAGAAUCAACUGAGUGUCCUGGAAAAAAAAUGGAUAGCCCACACAGUCUCCAUUACCCAGAGAGUGGCUUUUCUUGAGAGUAGGUGAAUCAAGUGGAUGAAAAAAGUGAAUUGUUAAUUUCAUUGUGACCAUAUGUGGGCAAGUGAUACAAUAUAAACGGGUCAACGGUGGCUUGUGAAAUGUUCCAAUGAAGCGAUAAUCUUUAAAGCACACGUAUGUGGUGCUGUGGUGCAGUGGACGAGCAAUUCAGAGGUCUCCGCGACAGCGCAAACAAUGGGGAAGUUUCGUAAAUCCCCCUCGCAACCGCCCUCUACCCAGCGGUAUUAAUGGGUACACCACAAGAAGUUGAUUGGCAGGUCGUGUGUGGUGGGUGCAUCGUGUGUAGGUUACUCCCACCUCUUCGAAGAUGUCUGGCCAGUGUGGAGAAGUAGGCUAAAAUGCUCUCUCCAGUCCCUCUCUGGAGCCUACUCUCGUGGUCGGUCUUCCACCAGCAGUGGCGUGAACAAGCAACUGCAGGGCUGCACCUUCACCUUGUAUCAUGAUUUUUAUGGUCACUGCUCAACUGUAAAGCAAUGCAUCGUUCCACCCGAAGUGUACGUGGUUGUGGUUAAAACAUAGCUCUGGAGAUCUAGCCGUAUCGUUGCUCGUGCAUGGGUGUGUGGAAUUGUCACGGGUAGGUUUGUGAGACUUGGCCGUUUUGUAAAAUGUUUGCGGAACUUCCCCAGGGCCCUGGCUCCGAGAAGUGAGGGCCCUGGCUUCAAGAAGUGUGGGGCGACCUGGCAACACCACACCUGUUUGCUGUGUCCAUGUGCCGUCGAUACCCACGUGUGCGAUGUGCACAGGGACCCCCGCUUUAUGCAGUGGCCCUCAACAUGUGCCCUUUCUCCACGUUGGGAUUCUUUGUCUCUCCUUGGUUCUUUCUUUAUGUAAUUGUUUCUUUGCUUCUUAUCUCUCUGUCUCUCUCCACGCUUCUUCGUGUUUCUCAUUUUGCCUUUCUCCAUGCCUCUUUCUACGUGUCUCUCUCCAUGCCUCUGUAUAUAUAUCACUCCACAUCUCUUUUGUCUCUAUGCCUGUUAUUCUCUGUCUCAGGCUCUCCGUGUGUCAUAUCUCUGUGUCCGUCUCUGUAUUGAUCUUUAUCAAUGUGUCUCUCUGUGUGUUUCUCUCCUGUCGCUUUGUGCAUGUAUUUCUUUGUCUCAGGUUCUAUGUGUGUGUCUCUGCCUAUCUUGACUAACGUGUGUCUCCACCAUCUGCAAUGCUCCCCACUUAGCAUUAACACAGUUCUGGCUGUGUCCCUUGCCCAAUGGUUGCCCGCAAGCCGAAUGAACCUCCUCGUAUGUCUCUUGAGCACUUUAGCCUUUAACUGGAAUUUACAUCCUUGUGAAUUGUGGGAUGCCCCUCCAUCUCACACCACAGGGCAGCACACAGCAUUGUGGUCUUUAGUCUCUCUCCUCCCUAUAGUCCAGUUUUCCAUUUUUUUGUUUCAUUGUAGUUUGUCGAGAAGGCAUGUGGAGCGUUGGGAUGUACCGACGGUGGCAGAGCUUUCACACGCAGAGAAGGUAUCUACCCAUGUGGUGGUGCUCAGUGGGAUUGCAGAGCAGUCAAAUCCGUUCCGGCUUUAAUCGGACAAUCCUUUUUCGUUAUCACCCAAAUCCCUAUCGUGCCAGCCUUGGUUGUUGGCUUCAUGCAGGAAUUUGCGUGAAGUCACUCAAAGCAGAAAAUCACCACCUGUGGUCUUUGUAAAUCUAAAAAUAAAAAUAACGUGUAUGACUAAAAGAAAAGAGAGCUUUGUGUUUGUACACCGUGGGGAGUGAUGUUAAAACAAACCGAGGGUAAACGGUCAUCGUGGUGAAUUCAGAUGCUCGACCCGAGCUUUAUUUAAUAAGCAAGUCUCAUGAAACCCGCCUGUAAAAUAUAACCCAUUUGCGGUGGUUUUAUUUUACACUGCGUCAAAAUUCAGGGGUUUCUCUUGAUGAUGAAAAAUGUGCCUAAAUGUUUCGGGUGCCAUUGGGGCGAGCUAGCGACCGAGUCGUUCGCUCUCCGCCACGAACGAGUUGGUAAGGAGCAGGGUCUGCUGGACCCCCACGCUACUCACUUACACCUGUCGAAUGUGCCACACACGUGGCCCAUCCGUCAGAGCGCCGGCUCCUUGGCCAAUGGGCUCGCCUGGCAAGGCAGGGCUGGACGGGAGGGGACAUGGUGGGGUUUGCGUUGCUGUGGCCCGAGUUCCCCCCCCCCUCCCCUGCAGUCCCCAGUGGGUCGGGCCCCCCGCUGGUAGUCACCCUACCCCUCAUCUCUCGGGAAUGGGGCGGUCCUCACUCUAGCGUGGCGCCUAUCGUCGUAGGUGCCACGGUCUCGCCCGGGAUAGCAGCAGCAGCUGCCGCCACAGCCACCAUCCUGUCGUGCAGCUCCAGUCUUCGGCGUGUGUCGCUGUCCGUCGACACCGAGUGUCGUCCAAGAGUGGCUGUCGUUAAUGACUCUGGGCUCUGGACCGAUGGUGCUGGUGUUUUAUCGGCGGCCUGAGGCUGGCAAUAGGCAUGCAUCCCCUCCCCUGGAGGCUGCCCCACCGGCUGCCCCCACCUCCCGGCCGACCGACAUUCCCCUGCUGCCCGAGGGCCCAGCCCCGGCCCACGUGGCGGCCCCCCUCCUCGAGGAGGCUCCUUCCCGCCCGGUGGCGGUCACGGCGGCAGCAGCUCCGACCCCUCCCCUCGCGGACGCCCCCUCGUGUGGGACGGCCCCCGUCCACGGGCCUACCCCGUCACCCCCGGCGGUGACUCCGCCGCUGCCCAUGGCCGCGCCGCCCUCGCACCAGGAGGAGAUCUUGGGCUCGGACGACGAGGAGCAGGAGGACCCCAAUGACUACUGCAAAGGGGGCUACCACGCAGUGAAGAUCGGAGAUCUCUUCAAUGGGCGCUACCACGUGGUGCGCAAGCUGGGCUGGGGCCACUUCUCCACGGUGUGGCUGUGCUGGGACAUGAUGGGCAAGCGGUUCGUGGCCAUGAAGGUGGUGAAGAGUGCGCAGCACUACACGGAGACGGCGCUCGACGAAAUCAAGCUGCUGAAAUGCGUGCGGGACAGCGACCCGUGCGACUCGAACCGUGACAUGGUGGUGAACCUCCUGGACGACUUCAAGAUCACGGGCGUCAACGGCACGCACGUGUGCAUGGUGUUUGAGGUUCUCGGUCACCACCUUCUCAAGUGGAUCAUCAAGUCGAGCUACCAGGGCCUACCCACGCCGUGCGUGAGGAGCAUCAUUCACCAGGUGCUGCAGGGCUUGGACUACUUGCACACCAAGUGCAAGAUCAUCCACACGGACAUCAAACCCGAGAACAUCCUGCUGUGCGUGGAUGAUGCGUACGUGCGGCGCAUGGCCGCCGAGGCCACACAGUGGCAGCAGCAGGGGGCACCGCCCCCCUCCGGAUCUGCCGUGAGCACGGCUCCACAGGAGAAGCAGAUGGGGAAACUCUCGAAGAACAAGAAGAAGAAACUGAAGAAGAAGCAGAAGCGACAGGCGGAGCUGCUGACGCAGCGCAUGCAGGAGAUCGAGGAGAUGGAGCGCGAGGCCGAGCGGCGCCGACAACUCGACACGGGGCCACAGUCCCUCGAAAGUAAGCACGAUCAGGACGGGCCGCCGGACGGCCGCGAGCCUCGCUGCGUGACUCCGGCGCCUCUGCUCGAGCAGCAACAACAGAUCGAGCCCCAGUGCAAGCAGGCGCCCUCCCAGGAAGGCCAGGGCCAGGUGGAGGACAGCCAGGCGAUGUGCAGAGAUGGCCAGGAAAAGCCUCGGCACGGCGCGGCCCAGAAGCAAGAAGGUCAGACCCCCCCGAACGAGGUUAGGAGCGUGGCGAGCGAGCCGCAGAGCCUCCCGCUGGAUGGUCCGAAGCUUUGCGACGCCCAGCCUCCGCAGCAGCACGAGGCUAGGCCUCAGCGAUCCCCCCACAAUGCUUUGCAAGAAGAAGAGGACUCCCAGAAGACGCAGCGAGAGGAGCAGGCGGGAGGGCGCGAGUCGCGCAGCGCUCUCCCCAAAGAUGGCACCGACGCGCAGCGGAACGCACGCACCGAUGACUCUCAGUCGCACGAGCCGCCGAGGCCCCUCGCUACGAGCGCUGUUCAGGACGCGCCGCUAGACUUGCGGGCCGAGGGCCAUGGUGCAGCGCAGGGCGACUCGGCCACAACCCACACAGCCACCACCACCACCGCCGUCACGUCCCUUGUUGCAAGGGAGUGCGAGCGGCCGUCGAAGGACGCAGUGCGGUGUGACGUGGACCCUCCCCAGCAUGCCACCGUGCCGCAGCAGGAGUCUGUGGAUGUUGCUGAUGAGGAUGAUGGCGAUGAAUCUGAGUCGAGCGAGACGAACGUGGCCUACGAGUGCGGCCAUGUCCCCGCGGACCCUCUGGACCGCAGCGGCAGCUGCUGCAUGAAUGGCGCCGGCUGCUCGCACGCGCCGGUGGCAACGGCGGUGGCGAUAGCGGACGCAACGACAACGGUAAUUGCAGCGACACUCAAGAGGAUCGUCAUCGCCAACGGCAAGACGCCCGGGCAGCUGGUCCUCGCAGAGGAGAACGGCUGCCUUGGCGACGAGAGCAGCGGUGGUUGCUACGACGACGUGGUCACCAGCGGGAACGGCGGCGGCCCGUGCGACGCAAGGUGUCGCGCGCAGCCGGACGCGGGGCCCCACGCAGGGCCCAACUCCGCGCUCCCCGCCCUGGGCUCCGCUGGAGCCCCAGCGAGACAACAGCGGCGGUUCAGUUUCCCGGAGGGGUGCGUGCAGUGCAACGGACACCUGCCCAACGGCCGGCACGGCAGCCCCAGCUCGCAGCUCUCAGGCGCCAGCUCCAUCCUAUCUGGUGGGCGCUCGGCCUCCAUCCUGUCGGGCAUGUCGAGCAGCUACUCGCUCUACUCGGAGUGCUCCACAGUGGUGGACAGGGACGAGUUUGGGGAGGACGAGCCGGAGCGCAGGAGCCGCACGGUGUCCACCUCCAGCGUCAGCGACUCGGCCCGCAUGCCCCUGUGCGCCGCCGACCUCCUCGUCAACCCCCUGGACCCGCGCAACGCCGACAAGAUCAACGUGAAGAUUGCCGACCUCGGCAACGCCUGCUGGGUUCACAAGCACUUCACGGAGGACAUCCAGACGCGGCAGUACCGCUCGCUCGAGGUGCUCAUAGGGGCCGGCUAUGGCACGCCCGCCGACAUCUGGAGCACGGCGUGCAUGGCGUUCGAGCUAGCGACGGGAGACUACCUGUUUGAGCCUCACUCGGGAGAGGACUACUCGCGCGACGAAGAUCACAUCGCUCACAUCAUUGAGCUCCUGGGGAAUAUCCCCAGGCACUUUGCACUGUCGGGAAAGUAUUCGCGGGAAUUCUUCAACCGCCGAGGCGAGCUGCGGCACAUCACCAAGCUGAAACCGUGGGGGCUGUACGACGUCCUGGUGGAGAAGUACGAGUGGUCCCAACAGGAUGCCGCCCAGUUCAGCGACUUCCUCAUGCCCAUGCUUGAGCUGAUCCCCGAGAAGCGGGCCACCGCAGCCGAGUGCCUGCGGCACCCGUGGCUCACCAUGUAGUCACGCGCGCGGCGGACGAGCGGGCGUGGCAACCAUACCGAAGCUCUUCACACCGCGCGCCCGUUCCCCCGCUACCUCCACCGCCCCACGCCCGGCACGGCGCACUCCUCCGUCUUGGGGAUAGAUCUUCAGUGGAUGGCGGUGGAAGCCAGGAUGAAGGACGGUUGACACACCGGCUGCGAGUUGGUUUGCUCUACCGUGCGUAUGCCAAAACUGUGGGGGGGAGGGGGGGGAGUGCACCAUUUCCCUGGCAGGGCUGCUGUCGGCUCACCGGCUGGAGCCGAGGGGUGGGGGACAAGGCACUCGCCAACAAUAGGCGACGGUGCCGUCACUGAACUCUUUCCAUGUGUCACGCGCAACUCUAUACCUUUCACCCUUCAGUACCGCUCGUCUUUGUUGGUGGAUAUGAGAAUUUCAGUAAUCGGUCAUUGGUUGAAAUGGAAGGCUGUUUCCAUGGGCUCCAAUUGGAGAGGAAUAGUCGAGCACUUGCGCGCGUGCAUCUCCUGGUGGAGGCGUCUCUUGAACCGUGGCUUCUGUAGGCGCCGUUCGGGCGAGCGGUCGUCAUUGGUAGAGCGUGAAAUUUUUUCUCUCCCCGCGAGCGAUUUUAAAAUCUUGUCUGCGCGUUCACUUCUUCCACGAAGCCUCGAGCCCCACGCCGAGCGUCGCACCCCAGCAGCGCGUGUUUCACGUCACCCUGCACCGCCCUGCACCGCCCUGCACCGCCCUGCACCAUCGCCCUCCCCUGUGUCAAUAAACGAGGCAGUAAGUGACUGGCACCGACGCGGCGGCAUUUUUUCGUGAAAAUUAGCGUUGCACUCGGAGAGUCUCUCGGCCACACGUGACUUGUCGAUCGGGGGCCGGAGUGGGGCAAUGACGACAGCAUGGCAAGACCAAAGUGUCGAGAGAGGGGACACGGAGGGAGAACAAGCGGCGACGUCUGUCGUGGCACCAACCAGGACCCAUUCAUUAAUUUCAAACGCUUUCUCCAAUACCUAAACCUCACCCGUUAUCACAGCUCUUUUAAUAAGUUUGACCACAGUUUAUCUCUAGCUCUUGCGCGAAUCUUCUCUUAUGCACUGACCUUAGUCCUAAACCCUUUAUAUUUUGCAAGCAUUUCUUUGCAAAUAAAUAAAGAACAUUUGACAGAGAAGUCACUUUCAGGAGUCAUCAAAUGGCUCCUGAUGGCGUUCAAAAAUGAGUCGGUGAGAUGGUUCCUUGAAGAAUACCCCUUCUAAAAUGUUCUCCCACACCACCGGGGUCAGAAUUCAAACUCGGCUGCUUGAUUGUCUACGUUCGUUAGCUGGCGGAGCCCCUUGUGCUGCAUUGCGUGAACAAAAUCAGUCUGGGCGCCACGGCCAGAGCGUAGCGUCCCUUGCGCUCGUAUCAAUUUGGCUCUGACCUGUUUGGGUCAGAGAGCCUCGACCUCGCACGGUGCAGAGAUUUGCCGGGUUGAUGCAGGCCAGCUCAACGACUCGUGCCGCCAGGACAGAUUUCAUCAUGCGAAUCCGCAAUGCGAAAUCAGCGGAAGCGCCCUUACCCUGAUUGAUGAGGGUGGGCAGGAGUGCGUGGGUGGUCUAGUCGCUGUCGUGGAUUUCCGUCGCCGUGGAGUGCGGCGUUGGCGAGACACGUGCACGCGUGGGUAAGUUCCGAGGCUUUAUUAUGAUAAUUUUGUUAUUCAUAUUAUUUAAAAUAAUUUAAGAUCAUCAACAACCAAAUACGUCUCAUCUCGCAGGUGUGACGCGCACAAUUCCGUGUGUUUCUUUAGUGAGGUCGCGUAGCGGUGUUAAUGGAGGCAGUAGCUGUUAUAUAUUACAGUAUACACAGUAUAUGUACACCUAGACGUCAUCGUUCCCUGUGAAUGCAUAUUAUAUACGCGAUACAGGAGGGCCACUGUUUACAAACAACAGGGAUGCUAGGAGCUCGCCACCCAAAAUCUCAUCGCCAGGGAAAAACGACUGCCGUGGGCUUCCAACUCAGACUGAUGCGAGACACGGACGGACACUAACUCCUCAGACUGGUGCGAGACACGGACGGACACGAACUCCUCAGACUGGUGCGAGACACGGACGGACACUAACUCCUCAGACUGGUGCGAGACACGGACGGACACUAACUCCUCAGACUGGUGCGAGACACGGACAGACACUAACUCCUCAGACUGGUGCGAGACACGGACGGACACUAACUUGUCAGACUGGUGCGAGACACGGACGGACACUAACUCCUCAGACUGGUGCGAGACACGGAUGGACACUAACUCCUCAGACUGGUGCGAGACACGGAUGGACACUAACUCCUCAGACUGGUGCGAGACACGGACGGACACUCUCACCUGGACAAACGAAUGGACACUCGCGCCUCAUUGGGCUCUCACCUGUGCAAUGAAAUCAAAAUAAUCGCCUCGUUGUGGAGAAUAUAAGUAGCAAAAAUAAAUAAGCAGACUCUCCCGCUUCACAUAUCCGUCUCCACGUAAACAAUCAAAUAUUAUUUUACAUUUCAUCCGCCACACGAUUCACCACAAACAAAACUGGACUGGUGUCGACAGUGAUGAGAGAGUGAUUAGACACGAAGGCGAAACCAAUCCAGAGUUUUCUUGGAAAUAAUGUUGCUGAAAUGAUGCACUUCCAGAAGGCUGUGCGGCUUAUGGGUUGUGUAAAAAAUAAUUUUAUUAUUAAUGUGGAGAAGACGGAUAUGUGGAAUGAGACAUUUCUUAUUUUGUGACAUUCAAUGAUCGUUGGUAAAACUAAUGGGCUCUCACUUGGGGCCACUCCCUGAUCUAAUAGGCCCUCACCUGGUCAACCGGCGUGUCUCCGAAAGCAUGCUACUGUUGAGUUGGGAGUCCCACUGGUUGUGUUCGUGGCGAGAGUCCUUGUGCUGCAGCGCCCGUAAAUCGGCAAGUCCGUCGGAUGAUCGCCGCCGUCGCAAGCCCCUGCAACAUUCGGUCUUGGCGGGGCAACCGGUUUUGGGUUAAUCGGUCGUUGACGUUUCUUCCAUUGGGUGAAAGUGGCCGUCAGAGAUUUUUAGUAUGGGACUUCUCCCUCCACCUUGGCGUUCGUUGUCGAUGGGGUUGGUGGGGAGGGAAGGGGGCGUUCUCAUCCCAGCUGCUCGAUUCCCCCAGAAGCCGCUUGGUGCCCGUGGGUCACCCAGUUGCCCCCACGAGUACCAGACGUCACUGCGCGAUGUGUGAAGGGGGGGUCCGAGAUGUGAUGGCCGUGUGCCAUCGUUCCGGGUGGUUGUUGUGCACAUGGUGAGGCUGUGCACAUGACAUGUGAGUUGUGGGAGAUGCGGUUCGCAGUUUCUCGGUUCGCUCGCCCACACGUCUGUAGUGGGUGGGUGCUAUUAUGGUGUUUGUGCCAACACGGUGCCCACACGGUAAAUAAAUAUCUGCUUUUUAUAGCAAUUUGGUUGGCAUCGCGAUUUACCAGUAGUACGUUCCACUGUAAGAAAAUCAGUAAAAUGUGUGCAGUGUUCCUGUGAGAUCACUGGCAUUUCACUGGUGGUGACAGAAUACCCACAGUAGUUUCCUGUUUCCAGUUCAAGAAUAAUUGGUUCAUAAUGUUGCCAUUUUGCAGCAAUUGAUCACUUCAUUUAUAGGCCACGUCUGUAAGAAUAAUAAUCAGGCGUCAGGGUGGCGCUCAGCAAGAAAUGUCCAGGUUCGAUUCCCGGCUCGUGCAGCUUUCGUGUGUGGAGUGUGUUCUCCCCCCCCCCUCCUCCUGUUCUGCCAUAGUAAAAGAAACAACUCAUACAAUGUAACUGGUCUAUAAUAGAGGUUUUUGGGUUAGAUCGCGUAAAUAUAUAAAUGUGUCGUUAAAACCCGCCACCACCCGAUACAGCCAACUAGUAAGGGUUGUCACGUAAACAGAACAUGCUAAUUCGUCACUAGUACAGCACACCGGUGUGUUGGAGAGCCAAGCCACAACAUUUACAAUCUCAGAUUGUCAAUACUCAGAUGGUAAAUAUUAUGGGUGAUAUUGGUCGCGAAAGCCCACGUGUUAAACCAAUGUAACCGGUAUUGGCCAAAACAUCUCAAUGCUGAAAUGGUACCCACAAAUUCCUCAAUUGGGUCAACACAUCCCUACUGCGAACACUUGGCACAGCAGCCUCCUGGAAAACGAGGCUUUGAGACUCGGUGAGGCUUUCCUGAGUAAACAAGCGUGCCUGUGGAGCUCCAUAUCCGUGGAGAACCAUAUUCGUGGAGCUCCAAGCCCAUGGAAUUCCCUGCCUCUGGAGCACUAUGUGCAUGGAGCUCAACGCCCAUGGAGCUGUGUGCGCGUGGGGCAAGCAUUCGUCCACAUCCACUGGGUUUGCGGUCGGAAGUUUGAGGAACCGUUUAAUUUACGCGGAUAAUAUAUAUGUAUGGUAUGCUUUGCAAUCACCACAUCCCAAAUUGAUUUAGCUUAAGGAUAUGCGAUUAUCCUCGGAUGAACGGACGUGGAGAGCGCUGACGCGACGGUUUUGUGCACCGUACUGUGAACCCGGCGGCCGGAGUUCAAUUUCCGGAAGCGGUUCACGUCGACGGCGAGUAAUGUCUGAACAAGUCCUGGGUCUCCUUCCUCUCCAAUCUGCCCUGGCAAGCGUGGUGAAUUAUAGUCCAACAAGUCCCCUUGAGACCAACGCAUUAUAAUUGUAAUGAUAAAAUUGUUGGCCUCAUAAAACACUGGCUAUUCCCCUGCACUGUUUUAAGUGAUUAAGUCGAUUUGAGUGAUUUAUGAAACUUGCCACUGGCCUUGACUGGGGUACAAUAUUUAGAGGGACGUAUCAAAGAUGGUGAACUUCUUGGUCCCUUCCUCUUCCACGCUGGCCAACCACGUCUCGGAAGAGGUGGGAUUAUACCCAGACUUUACAACCACGCCACGACCUGCCGAUCGACUUGGCUCUGCCGUACCCGUUUCUACUGCUGGGCAGAUGGCACGCAUCAUAAUCAUUUGUUUAGCAUCCGUUUGGAUCAGUAAUCCUAAACACUUUCCAUAUGAAUAAACCGCACCUUUAUUCGAGCAGGAAAGGGAUCGCGAGACCCAGUGACCGUGGUUGGUGUGCCGCCCGUUCCUCCGGUUGAGGAAGAAGUGGCGAUGCGCACCAGAGCGGAUGUCGCACUGAACGGCCCGCGGAGGGGCACCCGUUUAUUUAUUGAUUGUCAUUUUCUCCUUUUUUUUACGUUACCUUUCCCCUGGGUGAUUACUUUUUAAGCGGAGAUGAUUGACGGGAGAAGACGCACAGAGGUGGCAGAUAACACUGGAUGUUGCGCAGCGAGCGAGUUCGGGGUAUUGGAGGCACAGGGAUGGGAUGGGGAAAUCGCGGGCAAGGCUUCGCGUGAAACGUGUUCCGCGUAGCGUUAACUCUGACUGACGUUAACUGGCGGAGGUUAUAUGGUUGCCACCCGCCAUGCGGAGACCGCGCACGUUUCGGGAAAGUGGCCUGUGUGCUUAGAUUGCUUUGCAGUGACUUGGCUGGCAGGCAAGCGAGCCAGCCAUGGUGUUGUGUGCCGUGUGACAGGGUCCAGCGCGCGCGUGUGUGUGUGUGCGCGCACGUGUGACAUUGACACAUGCACCACACAACACCCUUUGCGUGCGCGCGCGCGUUCGUGUAAAUACAUAGCACAGCCAUCCGUCCCACGCCGGACAGACAGCCGUGCUAUUACUGAAUCGCGGUGUCAGUGCUUGCUGUGUUGGGUAGGGGACAUUUAAAGAGAGGAAGCAGUGGCCAACGUUCGCUCAACUCACUCACUACUCGUCCACAUGGUGAGACUCCACCACUCCCACAAUGAACUCCACCACGUGUCCCACGUAGCCCCCCUCACCGCCCCACGUACACUCGGUGCUCCACAUUUAGAUUGGAUCUCAUCCUGGGAUUAAUUGGUAGGGACGGCCCAAGUGUUGGGGGGGGGGGGGCGGGCUCCGUCCUCCACGAGCGCAGGCAGCACCCGAACGGGAUGAAGCGAAUUCCGAUGGCGGCGCGUUAUUAUAACAACAAUAAUAACAGUACAGUAAUAAUAAUAACGAUGAUGUUAAUACGUUUCUUCUUGUGACGCGAUGCGAGUGAGUCGUCGUGAACCGAUAUUACAAACAUGUCUUUGUGUCUGUUUGAUCAAAUAAAAUAUUGUUUUCUCUA